GCGGGGGCGCCGGUCGGAGUGCAGCGGCGGCUGCGGGCCGGGCUGUGCGGCCAAGCAGUUGGCGUCGCUGCGGGCGCUGGGCGCGGCGGGCCGGGUGACGCGGGGCCGGGCGCCGCCGCGCCGCCGCGAUCAUGUCGGAGCCGGCGCCCGAAGUUCCGGAGGAUCUGUUCCGCGAGGUCAAGUACUACGCGGUGGGCGACAUCGACCCGCAGGUUAUUCAGCUUCUUAAAGCUGGGAAAGCCAAGGAAGUCUCCUACAAUGCUCUGGCCUCUCACAUCAUUUCAGAGGAUGGGGACAACCCUGAGGUGGGAGAAGCCAGGGAAGUUUUCGACUUGCCUGUUGUAAAGCCUUCCUGGGUGACUCUCUCCGUGCAGUGUGGUGCUCUCCUGCCAGUCAAUGGUUUCUCUCCAGAGUCCUGUCAGAUUUUUUUUGGACUCACUGCCUGCCUUUCUCAGGUGUCGUCUGAGGACAGAAGUGCCCUGUGGGCCUUGGUUACGUUCCACGGGGGCAACUGCCAGCUGAACCUCAACAAGAAGUGCACACAUUUGAUUGUUCCAGAGCCAAAGGGGGAGAAGUACGAGCGAGCUGUCAAGAGAGGAAGUAUUAAGAUUGUCACCCCUGACUGGGUCCUGGACUGCGUGUCUGAGAAGAGCAGGAAGGAUGAAGCCUUUUACCACCCGCGUCUGAUCAUCUAUGAGGAGGAGGAAGAGGAGGAAGAGGAGGGAGACAACGAGGAGCAAGACUCUCAGAACGAGGGCAGCACUGAGAAGUCUAGUGCAGCCAGCUCUCCAGAAGCCUCUCCUCCUGACCAACCGUUCUCGCCCAAGCCCAGAGCUGAGGUGUCCAAAGGGGAGUUGAUGUUUGAUGACUCUUCUGAUUCAUCCCCUGAAAAGCAGGAGCGGAGCUUGAACUGGGCCCCGGCUGAAGCCCCUCCACUAACCACGGCUCAGCGCAGACUGCCUCAGGGAAAAGGGCCGGGACUUAUUAACCUGUGUGCCAAUGUCCCACCAGUCCCCGGGGACAUCCUGCCUCCUGACAUGCGGGGUAAUUUAAUAGCUGCUGGACAAAACCUCCAGAGUUCUGAGCGAUCAGAAAUGCUUGGGACCUGGAGCCCGGCCGUCCGGACGUUGCGAAACAUCACAAACAACGCCGAUAUCCAGCAGAUCAGCCGGCCAUCCAAUGUUGCGCACAUCUUACAGUCUCUUUCAGCACCCACAAAAAACCUAGAGCAGCAGGUGGCGCAUGGCCAACAGGGACACCCCACUGCCAGUACUGUGCUAUUUGGCCAGUCUAAAGGCGCUCCCGAGACACACGUGUUGCAGCAGCACCAUCCUCCCCAGCAGCCACCGCAGCAGCACCCAGUCCUGCAUCUCCAGCCCCAGAUCAUGCAGCUCCAGCAGCAGCAGCAGCAGCAACAGCAGCCACAGCCACAGCCUUACCCCCAGCCGCCAUCACAUCAGUUCCCUCAGCAAGUCCAUCAGCAUCAGUUUUCUCAGCAGCAGCUCCAGUUUCCACAGCAACCAUUACACCCUCAGCAGCAGCUGCAUCGCCCUCCACAGCAGUUGCAGCCAUUUCAGCAGCAGCAUGCCCUGCAGCAGCAGCAGCAUCUCCAUCAGCUGCAGCAACAGCAGCUACAGCAACACCAGUUAGCACAGCUCCAGCAGCAGCAGCAGCAACAGCAGCAGCAGCAGCAACAGCACAACCUUCUCCAGCAACAGCAGCUCCAGCGCCUGCACCACCAGCAGCAGCAACAGCAGCAGCAGAUGCAGAAUCAAGCAGCACACUUGAACCAAACAUCCCAGGCACUACAGCACCAGGUUCCACCCCAGCAGCCCCUGCAACUGUCCCUGCAGCCCCCACCUCAGCAGCAGCAGCAACAGCAGCAGCAGCAGCAGCAGCAGCAGCUUUUUGGACAUGACCCAGCAGUAGAGAUUCCAGAAGAAGGCUUCUUGCUAGGAUGCGUGUUUGCAAUUGCGGACUACCCAGAGCAGAUGUCGGAUAAGCAGCUGCUGACCACCUGGAAAAGGAUAAUUCAAGCGCAUGGUGGCACUGUGGACCCCACGUUCACAAGCCGAUGCACACACCUCCUCUGCGAGAGCCAAGUCAGCAGUAUGUAUGCACAGGCACUGCGGGAGAGGAAGCGGUGUGUCACUGCGCACUGGCUCAACACAGUCCUGAAGAAGAAGAAACUGGUGCCACCCCAUCGAGCCCUGCAUUUCCCUGUGGCGUUCCCACCUGGGGGCAAGCCCUGUUCACAGCAUAUUAUCUCUGUGACCGGAUUUGUUGACAAUGACAGAGAUGACCUGAAGCUAAUGGCGUACCUGGCAGGUGCCAAGUACACAGGGUACCUGUGCCGUAGCAACACGGUCCUCAUCUGUAAAGAACCAAGUGGUUUGAAGUACGAGAAGGCCAAAGAGUGGAGGAUCCCGUGUGUGAAUGCGCAGUGGCUGGGGGACAUUCUGCUGGGAAACUUCGAGGCCCUGCGGCAGGUGCAGUUCGGCCGCUACACCGCCUUCAACCUGCCGGACCCCUUUGCGCCCACUCCACACUUGGUCUUAAGUCUUUUAGAUGCAUGGAGGGUCCCAGUGAAGGUGACUGCGGAGCUCUUGAUGGGUGUAAGAUUACCCCCUAAGCUGAAGCCAAAUGAGGUCACCAACAUCCAACCUUCUUCUAAACGAGCCAGAAUCGAAGACCUGCCACCCCCCACUAAGAAGCUGACCCCAGAGCUGACGCCUUACGUGCUUUUCACUGGAUUUGAGCCUGUGCAGGUUCAGCAGUACAUUAAGAAGCUGUACAUCCUGGGUGGAGAGGUUGCUGAGUCCACGAAGAAGUGUACCCACCUCAUCGCCAGCAAGGUGACACGCACCGUGAAGUUCCUGACGGCCAUCUCGGUGGUGAAGCACAUCGUGACUCCGGAGUGGCUAGAGGAGUGCUUCAAGUGCCAAAAGUUCAUUGAUGAGCAGAACUAUAUCCUGCGAGAUGCUGAGGCAGAAGUGCUCUUCUCUUUCAGUCUAGAAGAAUCCUUAAAGAGAGCCCAUGUUUCUCCCCUCUUUAAGACAAAGUACUUCUACAUCACCCCUGGCAUCUGCCCGAGCCUUGCAACUAUGAAGGCGAUCGUAGAGUGCGCAGGGGGAAAGGUGUUGUCCAAGCAGCCGUCCUUCCGGAAGCUCAUGGAGCACAAACAGAAUAAGAGUCUGUCGGAGAUCAUUUUAAUAUCCUGUGAGAAUGACCUGCACUUAUGUCGAGAGUACUUUGCCAGAGGAAUAGAUGUUCAUAAUGCAGAGUUUGUUCUGACUGGAGUGCUCACACAGACACUGGACUAUGAAUCAUAUAAAUUUAAUUGACGGCCUCUUGUGUGUUGUGGGCCUGGAGCCUGGGGCACAAGGGUAGCUGCUGGCAGCGUGCGCACCAGGACUCCCUCCCUGCAGAGGGCUUGUUUUCCAGCUCUGCCUUAGGGAGAGACCUCUACCAGGAAGACAGAUGUAAUACUGACUGCAUCGUGUUAAGAUGUGUGAUCUUAUUCUAGGAAACAUAAAUUAUGUUUUGUAUUAUAUGCCUAAGAGCCCACAUUAAGUCUUCGAUUAUUAAUUUGCCAGGUUUUUAUGUGUUUUCAGAAAACUGUAUGAAAUUUCAUCUACAAAUAAAAUUAUGUAAAUAAAGACUUUGCUGUCUAAAUUAUGGAUGUAAGAUUUGAGAUGUUUUGUACUUUGAUUAUUUUUAUUUCUUACACUUUUCUUUUAUAUUGAUAACUUGCUCACAUUUAAAUAAAUGUACUUUUGAACUUA